UCUAUUGGAUUUUAGGACGGGACAAUCACAUGCCUACAGCUGGGUCACCACUGACCUUAUGAAGUCCUGGCACAGAAAUAUGACUGAUUUACACCUUUACGCAUAGACUGCUGAUACACUAAACAGCUCAUUUUGUGCUGACGCUCUGUAGACACACACACAUACACACACACACACACCGUCGCUACUUCAGGAGAGAGAGGGAGGGAGCUGCAACAGCUGAACUUGCAGCGGAGGCAGUGGAGAGGACGCAUGUGGCAAGUCUCAGCUGGUUUGCUUUGGCUGAGAGCAUGGUGCACGUAAACCCUGCUUCUCUCUCUUCCAGUGAAUGCACAGACGAUGAGAGGACGCUCGGCUAAUUGAUAGGAGAGGAUACAGCUGCUGGCUCUCAUCACAGUAUAAUUUCUGCUCGCGGUAUGGACGGGCUGCAGGCGGAAAAGGCUGGAGUUGGCGGCACCGGGGAAAACGCAGAGGAGAGGUACCGCGCUCUCGCCUAUGACACCGCGCUGAGCACUCUCGUGGCAGUGGCCGUGUACGUGGUGGUCAAAGUGAGCCUGGAUGGCAUCAGACAGUGGCGGGCCAGGAUCUCGGUGCUCAUCUUGGGUUCGGGACCCGUGGGGCUGACGGCCGCGCUGGUCGCUGUCCGCUCCGGUAAGGUGCUGAAACUGACCGUGCUGGAUGAGAGGUACCGGACUGCCCUGCUGUGCCGGCCCCAGCAGAUCGCACUGGAUCCCCGCAGCGUGAAGUUUCUGCUGGGACUCGGGGUGGACUUUGAUAACAUGGAGGGCUGCUGGCACAACGAGCAUUUCUUCACCAGGAUAGGCGUGUUUCAGGAGUACAUGCUGAGCAUCCUGGAGCAGAAGAAACAGAAGGUGGACGUCAAGGUGCAGCUGGGGACCAAGUUUACAGAGGAAUACCUUCGGCGGAUCCCACGGAAUGAGUGGCCACGUGUGAUUGUAGUGGCUGAUGGGUCGUGUGGCGACUCCUGCUCGGUGCUGGGCAUCAGCUCUGACUACACUGUGGAGUCCUGCCAUGCCUAUGGAGCUAACGCAACUAUAGAGAGACUAGACCAGAGACAGGUACCCACUCCUGAGAUCCGAGCCCACAGCCUUUACUUCGACCUGUCCGCUUACGGAGUAGAGGCCCUCCGAGAGCACCGAAAUCCCACAGCCAAACCUGGCUUCCACCUGAAGAUUUAUGGCACCUUCAGAAACCGCUACAUGGCCCUUGUCUGCCCCGCCUCUGACACCAAGAUGGUUCGCUUCCUCAGGCACACGGCCAACUCCUCUAUCAUGAAGAACAUUUUCCACCAGUCCUUCAAUGUCUACAAGACGGACAUAGAGCCUCGUCUCAACGACAUGACGCUCCAUCACAUGCAGUGCAGCCGCCGUCUUUUUGAGAUUCAGUUGUCACACAGACGCAUCAGCGCUGCCUACAUAGAGGGGGACAAUGUGGCGGUCACUGUGGAGGGGGAGGCGGCGCGUGUCCUCAACUUUGACACAGGUUGUGGGGUGAAUCUAGGCAUGCGAGGUCUGGAGUCAAUGGGGACGUUCAUUUACCGGACAGCCACAGCUGUGGACCAGAAUGAUAUUCUAGAGGCACUGUCAGCUAAAAUGCAGCACUCCAGACAGGUGGCUGAGACCUUCAAGCAGACAGGCCUGGCUCAAUCAAUGUAUGAAUGAAACACGAGGACGAUCUGGUGAAUGCAUAAUGCCACCUAGAGGAAAGUGGUGGAUUAUUUGUGUUUACAGUGAAUGUUUACAAUGAAUCGUGAGUCUAAUGCUGAAGUGGACCACUAGUGGUUACACAAAGAGCUGAACAAGCCUGAGCUGUGAACAGAUGGAUAAUGGAUGUAAACAUGUGACCAUAAAUCUUCUAUGCGUAAUGGAUGGAGCGAGAGUAACCAAGACCACAUUUGGUACAAUGCAUUUGAAGCUGUUCUGGUUUUUCAGGUUGUUAAUACUGUGGCAGGAAGAGAUAUUUAAUCUGUCACUGUUGCAGUGGAACAAUAUACGUUGAACACACUGCACUCUGGGUUUCUGAGUGAAGUGUUAGAAUGCAGGGAAAAUAAAAAACAUAGCCCUAAGAGAUUAGGAGUAGUUGGAAUAGAUGAAAACUCUGUGAUGCUUGUCAUUUUCAUCACUGUUGUCUUCUCUUUUUAAUAGAGAUGAAUUGACUUGAUUUCCAAAAUCUAGUUGGUUGAGCUCUCCAGGCAUCACGUCAAUGGUGCUAGAGGAAAUUAGAUGGUGCCGUAGCAUCAUCAGCUACUGAAUCAUGUAUAAAACUGUUAUUGUCCAUGAUCUGACAGAGAAACACACAUGUCUUAAGUGUUGUAAUCAAGCCUUUUGUCUUUGUGUUUGACAGCGUGGUGAUUGUUGUGCUGAUGAUGUUCUAAAGUAUUUGCUAGAGUGGCCGCUGUUUGUGUGCUGCUUUGUAAAGUAAGAUUUGUAUAUGGCAUAUUUCAAAAAGGACAGGGGCCAACUGUAUUAUCACAAAUUAUUUUUGCCGGUGUCACAUUUUGACUUGCCUUUUUAUAUUUUGCUCCAGGUGAUCUAAAAUGAAAGUAUAUCAUUAUUUCAGAUUAAGGAGAGUAGCCUAUGCUGAUUAAUGUCCUGCUCCUUUUGAAGUGCCAAUAAAGAUGGUGAUUUGGCAAGAGUGACAUGGGUGGUCUUUACCCUUACAUUUAUUUGAUUCGAGUUCAAAUGCAAUUUAAUAAAGAGUAAGAGCAACCUUAAUUCAGCUGUUAGUUGGGGCUCUAACAAACUGCUUAUGUAAAUUGAGGUAGAUUAUUACAGCCUCAACAACAGACUUAUCUGUUCUGCACUGUCAGUCUCUCAUGACUGCGGAAGUAUCGAGAUUUUUAUUACAGUUUUAAAGCUGCUGUGUGAAAAACCUGAUCAAUAUUUGUGAACUACAACCCAUGCAGACAGUACAGUAUCAGCACAUUGUUUCCAUUAUGGUUGAUAUGAGGCAGUACUGCCCUCUAGUGGUGUAUCCUGUCUGUUGCAUCUGCCUCAGCUUCAACACUUGUAUCUCCAUUUAGGAUACAAGUAAGCCUAUUUUGGGGCUUUAUUUAUACAAAUAUUGGGAAAGGUGUUGGUUAAAUCCCCAUUCCUUUUGAUUUUCUUUCAAGCACAACACUUCUACUAAUCACUGCUGUUAGACUAAUGUGCCCCCUGUUACUUCUCCAUUGCAACUGCAUGAAAAAAAUACUUCAAGAGUUUAAGUUCAGGUGUGUCAGAUUUAGGAAAUGGUAAAUCAUGUUCUUAACUGUGUUUUCCUUAGUGUAAUCACCUGAUAAUAAGAAUUGUGUUUCCAUAACCUUAGAAUGAGCCAUUUCAAAAAGCGGGCCCUCUUUCAUGGAGUCCACCAUGUUCUUUCUACAGUGGCCCAGAAUGGACAAAUCAAACACUGUCUCUAGAUAGGACCAUUCUCAGUUUAACAUUCUCCUAGUUCUCUUAGUCCUAUAGUUCUCUCAAGGCCCUGACAGACCAAACAGACGGUCAGCCUUCAGUGCUUUGGGCCGUCAGUGAGCACCUGUGGCCCUCAUCACUGCGAUGUGUCCCGUAUCUUUGGCCCCUUGUCGGCCUCUGUCAAUUGGCUUUGUUUUGUUGCUGAUUCAGCAUGUUGAAUUGGCGUCGACAACUGCAGAGCCUGUCUGUGAAUGAAAUCACUCUGAUUGUCAGCAUUAGUGCAGAACGUACAUGGUGGUUGGCUUUUGGUUGAAGUCUUUGCAGUGUGCUCAUGUGCAGACUUUUAGUUGAGACACAAUGGAUGUGAGGCGACUCAGCAGGGGCUUUCGCUAGUCUGAGGUCUUUACACACUUGGCGCAUGGAAGAAGUUUCAGUUCUGUGUCCUCACAACUAGAUGCUACACACUGGUCUUUUAAGGGGUUGAAUCUGGUGUCCUGUCCUGUCCUGUCCUGUCCUCUCCUCUCGUGUCCUCUCCUCUCCUCUCCUGCUGUUCAUGGGAAAAUACUCAAACUGUUAUUCCCAGCCUGCCCCACAUCUUUGAAAUUAUAAUAUGCUUCAUAAAGUUAAAUUAUAAAAUGAAACAUAUUUACAGUAACUGAUAUAAGGCUGGCAUUAAGAGUGACAUACUACACUGAAAUACUGUAACUAGCUAAAAAUGUACCCCUGAACUCACACAGUAAUGCCAAAUGUUUACAGUGAUGUCUCAAUCAAAUUUAGUUUGCCCAGAACUUUUUCAGUGGAUGAUUUUUUUUCACUUUGUAAAAAUGAUAACUAAUAAAAUAAAUAAUAUAAAAAUGAAACUAUAAAUUACCAGUUACCUUUUGGAAUAAAUACUGUGAUUAUUCAUUUGGCAUUUAAGCUCGGCCUAAAUGUCUGUUUUAAAUGUUAUUUUGUACCUUUAUGCUAUCCUUUACAUAUGGUUUGUUUCCUAUGAGGAAAAACACAUAUACAUAUAAAGGUGUUAUGGAGUAGCUUGCUGACAAAUAGCAUCUUAUGACAGAUCAAACAGAGAUAGGCACUGUGAGGGACAGGUAAAAAGCCUUAUCAGCUUUUCUUGCCUCAGUGAAACAACCAUUCACUGUCAGGAAUCUGGGAUUUUUCUUUAAAUUAUAAAUAUCUUGUGCUGUGAUGUGUGCGGUGAAAACAUUUGUAAUGCAUCCA